AGCCAUCUCAGGAGUACUCGUCAGUACUGUUCAGACCUCUUAUUUCAUUUGACGGAAUCGUGUCGAGUGGAUAUUCAUAAUAAAUUCACUGACGUGGGCUUAUAUGUGUUGAAAUUUACAUACAUACUUAUAUUGUGCUGAAGAAACAAAAAUCAGGUGUUACAUAUUCUAAGUGAUUUGGCAGUAAACAUUUUAUCUUCAGAAUCAAGCUUAAAAUCACCACCUAAAAUAGUUCAACAUCAAGUUCAUGAUUACCAAUUUAUUACAUUGGGGAUAUACUCUGCUAUAUGUUUAUAUACAAAAUUGAAGUUAUAAAAUUACGUGGAUUUGCAAGCUGCUGAUAAAUAACUUCGUAUGUCAGCCUCAAACCUUGUUAAUACAUCAAUAAAUGAGAAAAAAUGCUAUAGAGAAAUAACCAUAAAUGGAGAGCCACAUUUAACUGCAUUAAAUGAAUCGGAUUUGGUUAUGAGUUUAUCUCCAAAAGACAUACUUAUACCUUUAGCAAUUUCCCAGCAUCACCAACUGGAGCCUCCUACCAAAUUAAAUACAAACGAAACAUCGGCACAGAACCCGAUUUCCACAGCAGCCGCUGCAGCGGUUGCACAUCACCAUCAUAAUAUUUCAAAUAUUCACCACCUUCAGAGCCUGCAUAGCCAGCAUCAGAGUUCUUUAUUUAAUAACAAUCACUCAACACCAUUUAGUGUCACCGAUAUUUUAAGUCCAAUAGAGGAAUCAUAUCGCAAACUGGAACUAAACGGAAAUCCCCCAUCUCCGUUUCGAUCCAAUUCAAGUGGUAGUAGUAUAAAUUCCCCCGGAACAUUAACUGCUUCAACCAUGGCGAAUCCAUACGCCAUGGGAUCCUUAUAUCACAGUCCGGGCGUGCAAAGUUAUUGCGGACCAACAGAUAAUUUAUCUCUCGCCGGCCACUACACAGACAUGAGAAGCUCUGCGUCAUGGUACGGAUCAACUGCCAAUGAUCCAAGAUUUGCAAUAUCACGUCUCAUGAGUACGACAGCCAGUGGAUCAAUGAGUCACAUGGGAAAUAUGAGUGGAUUAGCAGCAUGCAGUGUUAGUGAUACAAAACCACUACAGUUUCCUUUGGCACAGAGAAGAAAACGAAGAGUUUUAUUUACUCAAGCUCAGGUCUAUGAACUUGAAAGAAGAUUUAAACAACAGCGGUAUCUUUCUGCACCAGAACGAGAACACUUGGCCAGUCUUAUUCACUUAACACCAACACAGGUAAAAAUUUGGUUCCAGAACCACAGGUACAAAUGUAAAAGGCAAGCUAAAGAAAAGGCAAUGGCGGAACAAAAUCAACACAACCAGUCUGCAAGUUCGCCGAGACGUGUUGCGGUUCCAGUAUUAGUUAAAGAUGGAAAACCGUGUUCCGGAAGUAACAACACAACUCAGUCACAAACGCAUGGUAAUAGCUCGACACCCUCGGGCAACAAUAGCAGUGCUAGUAAUAGCGGAAACGCCAAUAGUGGAACAGUAGCAGUAUCUUCCAACGUAACGAGUGGCCUCAAUCUCAUAUCAGGAGAUGCACCUAAUUCCCACUCACCUGAUACAUCUUCAUCUCUUCUUGCAAGCUACGGAACUGUUGGAGGUUCCAAUGUUGCUAUGUUACAGCAGCCCUGCAACAAUACUCUCAUGUCAAACAGUUUAGCUAUGGCAUAUAGAAACCAAAAUAAUUUUAUUUCCAAUGGGCAUCAGCAGCAAUGCGGAGGCUAUUUGCCAUUGCAAGGUAGAGCAUGGUAAAUAUUUAUAAUAAGUACGAUUUUUUCGGUAGUGUAUUCUAUUCGGUUAUUCUGUAUGUAUGUAUGAACUAAUGAAAACAUGUUUAGAGAUGAAGUUGAAAGUGUUAUAUUGGAUAUCAAUUUCAUGAAAUGAAAUAUACAUAUGUUUAAAUUAUACCUAACUUAACAGCAAUAGUAAAAAUAUUUUAAUAUAAUGUCUCUAAAAAUCUCAAUAACAUAAUGGCUUAAAAUAAGUGUAAAUAAAUAAGCCAAU